AUGAUGCGCCGUCUGACUUCCGCCCUCCUUCUGGGCUCCACGGCUACCGCACUGCCGUUCGCCGACAUCUACCAGCGCCAGAACACCAGCGACUGCGCCGUAAAGGACACCUACCCGGCCGUGAGCUUUGAUAAGCUGCCCGACCCUUUUACUUUCGAGGACGGAACGAAAGUCGCCAGCAAGGCCGACUGGACAUGUCGUCAACAAGAGAUUAGCAAGCUCCUACAGCAGUACGAGUUAGGCGCCUACCCCCCGCCUCCCGACAAGGUUGAGGCUUCUCUUUCCGGAAGCACCAUGUCCGUCAAGGUCACCGUCGGUUCCAAGUCUGUCACCAUCAGCACCUCCAUCAAGAAGCCUAGCACCUCUCCCGGCCCCGCCAUCAUCACCAUCGGCGGUUCGUCGCUGCCCAUCCCCGGCACCGUAGGCACCGUCGGAUUCAACAACGACCAGUUCGCCUCGCAGGCUUCCGGCCAGUCCCGCGGCCAGGGUGCUUUCUACACCCUGUUCGGAAACACCCACUCCGCCGGUGCUCUUACCGCGUGGGCUUGGGGAGUGGACCGCGUCAUCGACGGUCUCGAGCAGCUCGGCGCCGACAAGACCGGCAUCGACCCCAAGAGGCUAGGAACUACGGGUUGCUCCCGAAACGGAAAGGGUGCUUUUAUCGUCGGCGCCCUCGCCAACCGUAUCGCCCUGACCCUCCCGCAAGAAUCCGGUUCCGGCGGUGCCGCCUGCUGGCGUAUCUCCGACUCCGAACAUAGCAAGGGCAAGAACAUCCAGACCGCCGGCGAGAUCGUCGGAGAGAACGUUUGGUUCAGCCAGAACCUAAACGCAUACACCUCCAAGACCAACACCAUGCCCGAGGAUCACCACUUCCUCGCCGCCCUCGUUGCUCCUCGCGGUCUCCUCGCCUUCGAGAACGACAUCGACUGGCUCGGCCCCGUCAGUACGACCGGCUGCAUGAAGGCGGGUCGUCUCAUCUACAAGGGUCUCGGCGUUCCUACCAACAUGGGUUUCUCCCUCGUCGGCGGCCACAGCCACUGCAUGUUCCCGUCCUCGCAGCAGGCCGAGCUUACCGCCUACAUCAACUACUUCUUGCUCGCCGGCACCACGGCUCCCCCCGAGGUCGAGAAGAGCAGCGCCACCGUCCCCGUCACCGACUGGGCCCCGUGGACCGUUCCCACUCUUGCUUAA